AUGAACGAGGCCAUUGACUUUGCAAGCAAGGGACUGGACAAAACGCCACAGCUUGAGGAAAAAUGGAUCAGCUCAUUCAAAGGGCGAGGAGUGUUUUCCACGGUGAUUCUGCAAUUAGGCGACUUUGUCGUAGAGUAUAGAGGUGAUUUAAUUACGGCGAAAGAGGCAGAAAACAGGAGGAAUUGUCCCAAUGCCUGUGUGGACUUUUUGUUUGAUUUCCGCUGGAGAGGAGGAAAGUGGUGUAUUGAUGCGACACAGGACGAUGGCACCUUUGGGAGGCUGGUUAAUGAUGACCACUAUAACCCCAACUGCAAAAUGAAACUGAUUGUGCUGAAAGACAAGCCGCAUCUUUUUCUUUUUGCGCUUCGUGAGAUUAAUCAGGGAGAGGAAAUAACUUACGAUUACGGAGGAAGUGACUGUCCUUGGAGAAAAGAGGGGGUGGGGGAAAUUUUUGGUUAUGGGGUAUUUAGGGUGUUGGGGGUAUGGGAGUGUGGAGGUGGGGGUAGGGUGGAAGAGGUGAUGGGGGGGGUGGGAUUGGGGGGGGGUUGA